AUAAUAAUAUAUAAUAGUUUUAUAUAAUCUGUGGUAGUAUAGUCUAUAACACAUAGAUAACUAUCUCGUUUCCAGUCCCGUUUCUUGUUCUGUGAUUUAUCUUAGUCCGUGUCACUGACUACUGUCUAUAGUGUCUACCCAAGUCUGCUUUCGGGCGGCACACCGAAGUGCCUUUUCCAAUAAUUCGAAUAGGUACUAUCGAAUAAAUCGAAACCAUCGAAUAGUUCAAAAAGACCUAAAGAUYAAUAUUAGAUUUGACUGAAUAUUUUUACUUUUUAGUACAUCAUUCGGUCACUCGACAGAUUCGUUCAUUAAGUUCAUUUUGAUUGAUACAUUCGCGACCGUCGUAACUCUACUUGUCAAUUUUUUCAUUAAUAUUGUCAAUAUGGUCGCCGCUUCAGAAGAGUCCAUCAAUCGUAUAGGAACAGUAUUAGCUAACACAAAGUUACCGAUGAAAGAACGCUUCAGAGCGCUAUUUACGCUUAAAAACUUGGGCGGAAAUAUAGCCAUUGAAAAUAUAGCAAAGUGUUUCAAUGAUGAUUCGUGUUUGCUAAAGCAUGAAUUGGCAUACUGCUUAGGACAAAUGAGAGACGAAUAUGCUAUUCCUUAUUUAAUCGAAGUACUUAAAGAUGUCAAACAAGAGCCUAUGGUUCGACAUGAAGCAGCUGAAGCACUGGGAGCAAUUGGUAAAGAAAAUGUUAUACCAAUUUUGGAAGAAUAUAAAAAUGACCCUGUGGUAGAACUAGCUGAAACCUGUCAAUUGGCUUUAGGACGACUUUUACUGCCUACAAAUGAAGCAAAUAUAGAAAAUAUUUAUGGAUCUGUGGAUCCAGCACCUCCUUCAGAGAUUAAAAGCAUAGAAGAACUUGAACAAAUUCUUACUGAUGAAAAUGAAAACCUCUUCAAUAGGUAUAAAGCGAUGUUUUCACUACGAGACAUUGCUUCACCUGAAAGUAUUACUAUUCUUUCUAAAGCGUUAUCGUGUGGAAGUGCGUUGUUUAAACAUGAAAUAGCAUUUGUUUUGGGACAAUUACAAUCACCACUUAGUGUACCAUACCUAAAAGAAUCAUUAAUAGAUGAAAAUCAAAAUGAUAUGGUCAGGCAUGAGUGCGCAGAAGCAUUAGGUGCAAUUGCUACAGAUGACUGCUAUGAUAUAUUAAAACAAUAUGUAAAUGAUCAGAAGGUUGUCGUCAAAGAAAGUUGUGAAGUUGCAUUAGAUAUGUGUGAAUAUGAAAACUGUACCGAUUUUCAAUAUGCUGAUACACUUGAAAAAGUUACUCUAUAAGGUAGUUAUUAUUUGUGUUAAAUUUUGAAUUUACAAUAAUGAUAAUAAAAAUGCAAAGUUAAAU